AUGAACCUUCUAGGACGGAAACACUCCGCAGAAGGCUCCUCUGGUCGUGAAGACCAAGACUUCCGCGAUCGCGAGAUCCUCUGCGGCCGCGGACCUUCAAGGGCAGAAGCACUCCAUGACCUAGGAAGAAAAGAAUUUUUCCCUUCGCUGGGAAGAAACCCAGCUGCAAUUUUUCCGGUGAAUUUGGGGCCGGCGAAAAAAUCGAUGGAUGAUCAGGUGGUGCAGCGUGUACUCCAAGAGGGUGGGCGUGAUUUGUAUCAACAGCAGCCAUCAACGUCUUCGUCUUCUUCAUCAUCCAUUCUCCAGUCUCUUCCCUUACAUGUGUCUUUUGAUCAUGGAUAUUACUUGCUGGUGAAAUCUAUUCAAGAACUAAGGUCAAAGAAAGAUGGGGUUGUCAUCAUAGGGAUCGGAGGUCCAAUUGGAUCAGGAAAAUCAAGCUUAGCUGAAAAAGUGGCGUCUGUGAUUGGUUGCACUGUUAUCUCAAUGGAGAACUAUCGCACAGGAAUCGACGAUGGGCAGGAUUUAGAUUCAAUUGAUUUUGACUUUCUUGUAAAAAAUCUCGAGGACUUGAUAAAUGGCCGUGACACAUUGAGCCCGUUAUUCAAUUUUCAAGGGAGAAAACGUGUUGGUUCUAAUCUUAUAAAGAGCAUUUCAGGCGGAGUGGUUAUAGUCGAUGGCACUUAUGCCCUUCAUGCAAAACUACGAUCUCUGCUGGAUAUACGAGUCGCAGUGGUUGGGGGCGUUCAUUUUAGCUUGCUUUCCAAAGUGCAAUAUGAUAUUGGCGAGUCAUGUUCGUUGGACUACCUCAUUGACAGCAUUUUUCCACUCUUCAGAAAGCAUAUUGAGCCAGACCUUCAUCAUGCACAGAUCAGAAUAAACAACAGUUUUGUUUCAUCAUUUAGAGAGCCAAUUUACAAGCUAAAAUGCAGAAGUGAGUCACUAAGUGAGCAUGCUGAAUACAUUUUUCACGGAAAGGAAGCCCAAGUCGACAAUUUUAUCGAGAUGUACUUGAGACCGCCUUCUGCUAGUGAAGAAGCACGAAUAAAUGAUUGGAUCAAGGUGCGGCAAUCAGGUAUCAAGUAUUAUCUCUCCCUAGGUGAUCAAAGGAUCGUGGAUAAAAAUUUCAUCAUCCGACCAAAAGCUGAAUUUGAGGUUGGGCGGCUGACCCUGGGUGGUUUGCUGGCCUUAGGUUAUACAGUGGUAGUAAGUUAUAAACGAGCAUCCACCUCAGUUAUUGCUGGCAAUCUUUCAGUGUCUUUGGAAACAAUUGAUACUCUGGGAGAGACCUAUAUGGUACUCAGGGGUACAAAUAGAAAAAUAGUUGGGACUGAAUCAUCAAGGAUGGGUAUAACUGGGCCGUGGAUCACUAAAUCGUACCUGGAAAUGAUACUUGAGAGACAAGGGGUCCCAAGGCUUAAUACCCCUCCACCUUUAUCUGGUACAUCUGCUGCCAGCUGUCAGGAAAGGUUGAUUGCAGCCCCAAAGCCCCUCCGCAUAGCCUCGAACCUGGUCAACCGGAUAGAGGACCUAUCUCAGCCAUGGACUCGUUCACCAACCAAGUCCAAAAUGGAACCUGUCUCCAUGACAUGGCAAUUUAUCCCGACAGAUCCUCUUUUAUAUGAUGCAUCAGACUCUGGUUCCUCGCCUUCAAGGGAUGCCAUGCAGCUUGCCCCCAUGCCCGACUCGUAUGACUUGGACAGAGGAUUGCUUCUGGCUGUGCAAGCAAUACAAGCGUUGUUGGAAAAUAAGGGACUCCCUGUCAUAGUUGGAAUUGGCGGUCCGAGUGGAUCAGGAAAAACAAGUUUGGCUCGUAAGAUGGCAAACAUAGUUGGUUGUGAAGUCAUAUCUCUUGAGAGUUACUAUAGAUCUGAACAAAUGAAGGAUUUUAAGCACGAUGAUUUCAGCUCUCUUGAUCUGGCUUUACUAUCUAAGAACAUUGAUGACAUAAAAAAUUGUCGAAGAACAAAAGUGCCCGUAUUCGAUUUUGAGACUGGUGCAAGGAGUGGUUUCAAAGAGCUGGAAGUAUCUGAAGAUUGCGGAGUGGUAAUUUUUGAAGGCAUUUAUGCUUUGCAUCCUGACAUCAGAAAACAUCUGGACUUGUGGAUUGCUGUUGUUGGUGGGGUCCAUUCGCAUCUUCUUUCUCGGGUUCAAAGAGACAAAAGUAGAGUCGGAUGCAUCAUGUCACAAAAUGAAAUUAUGAUGACUGUGUUUCCAAUGUUCCAGCAACACAUCGAACCACAUCUUGUUGAGGCCCAUCUGAAGAUCAGGAAUGACUUUGAUCCUGUUCUUUCACCAGAGAGCUCUUUGUUUGUGUUGAAAAGUAAUAAGCAAGUUGCCUAUCAAGAUAUCCUAAAAAUUCUUGAUCCAGCCAAGAUAUGUAGUUCCAUUCAGAGUUUCAUCGACAUAUAUCUAAGACUUUCUGGAAUACCUGCUAAUGGACAGCUGACUGAGGGUGACUGUAUAAGAGUGAGAAUAUGUGAGGGUAGAUUUGCCCUACUGAUCAGAGAGCCUAUUACAGAAGGAAACUUCAUUAUCCAGCCAAAAGUGGACUUUGAUAUCAGCAUCUGUACAGUAGCCGGCCUUCUUAAUCUUGGGUAUCAAGCGGUGGCGUAUAUUGAAGCAUCUGCUUCUAUUUACCAAAAUGGAAAGAUUCUUGUCGAGAUUGAUCAUUUACAAGAUGUCCCGAAUUCUUACCUUCAAAUUAAGGGGGCAAACAAAGAAACAGUGGUAGCUGUUGGCUCGAUUCUUAAGCUUGAUGGUUCAUAUACCACAAAGAGUUAUCUUCAGAUAAUUCAGGAAAUAUUACCUGCUAUGGAGAGGAAUUCAAGUGGCAUUCAUACUCGACAAGCUGCAAGGUUGCAAGAACUAAUGGAAUACAUACAAUCUCAGGGUAGCAGCCGCUCGGCUUCAGAAUCGUCACCAACUAGAGAAGCUUGUCCGCUUGAAGGUGUUAUUGAGGAAAUGCAAUCAAGGAUUAGACGUCUCGAGAGAUUGCACGCAAUUAACACCGUACUCUGGACAUUUUUAAUGUCUGCAUUUCUUGGCUAUUCACUAUACCAUAGGAAGCACCGAUGA